GUUCCCUGUUCUUUGUUGUUUCCCCCUUUUUGCCCAGUAAAUUCAAUUUCUCUCACCAUUCAAAGUGUCUGUGAGCCUAAUCUCUCAUGGCUGUGUGACAAGAAUCUGGUUCUUAGCUGAACUAAGGAAAAAGUCCUGCAGCAGCUUUGGCGUCCAGAAGAUGGACCUUGAGAAGGGCCACGUGAGGACACAGCAGGAAGUCAUCACCAAUGAAGAAAGGGUCUUCAUCAGACACCCAAUCUGCAGGCCUCUUGGACUUCCUAACCUACAGAAUUGUAAAGGAGAAGAAAAAAGGGACAAAAUGAACAAGAAGAAGGCGAUGUUUGCCCACAUUGUGAGUCAUUGUUUUCAUAUAUUUAUCUCAUAUAAUUCUCAACCAACCAUGAAGCAUGAAGAAGAUAUUAUCUGCCCUAUCUUCAGAUUAAACUUUGUUUACAAGGCAACAUCCAAUUGCAGAGCUGCCUUUGAAUCUAAGUCUACCUAACACUAAGAUCCAUACUCUGCUACAACAACGUGCUUGGGAUAAGUAGACUUCAGUGAGCAGAGAAAUUGAUUGGAACUUAAAUGAAAUGAUGACAAGUUUUACUGAUCAAAGGACUUUGCUCUGCUAAUGCAUCAAAUUACAGGUGGUUUCCUGGCAAACAAUACUUGCAGAGCUAUUCACACUUCAGGUCAAAGUAUAUUUUUUCAAGUAUUAACUAUUAUUGUUGGCUUUUCAUAUGUUAACUAAAUCCAUGCUGUUGUUGGAGUCAGUGUUAGUUCGAUGUGCUUGCUUGCAACGAUGCAACUUGGUCGCCCUCUGGUGGCCAUUUCUAGGAUUGACUGGCAUGUCUUAAUUUUGGGAAAGUCAACAAUUUAAGUUUUAAUUGUGUGGAAUUUUUAAAUGUGUGAAAAAUAUGUAUAUAUUAUACUUAGUAUAAAUGUGUCUCUGUCCAGGAGAAUGGAGAAAUAUCAAUUAUUUAAACUUAACCACUACUAUUCAUGUUUCAAAAAAUGUUCAUUUUAACAUUUUAUAGCACAGAAUAUUUUGAAUUUCAGUUACCCUUUGGAUAUAUAGAUGAUCAUGAUUCCCUUUUCAUCAUGGAAAAUGUAUCUAUACUGGGGCUUUUUUUCUUUCCCACUGAGAACACAAGGGCAAUUAGCUCUAUGUGUUAAAAAAUAGACUAUAUAUUUUUCACUUAAUUGGAAACAUAAUCUGUGCUUUUAGGUAAAUAAACCCAUCUCUGUGUUUC